AUUGCCAUUAACCAAGAUGGCGGCCGUUUUGAACGGACAUUUUUGAAUCGCCCAGCAAAACAACUUCUCUCAAGUUGCCAUGGAUUCUGACUCAUCAAGUUCGGUGGCCUCUGGUGCAGAUGAAGAAUGGAUAGAACUUGCCAACAGCCUGUUGAAGAAGGUACAUGUCCUGCUGAGGGUCAGACAGCUGACCGACUGUGAUGGUCAUCUGCUGGUCAGUCUGUAUGAAGGGAUACUUGGAGACAAACCACCGGACUGUAUAGUGGACCCUCUGACUAAGGAAGACCACAUCCACAACGUCCAGAGUGUGAUUGACUCCCUGGCCCUGGACUACCUCCACGUGAACCUGUCCCACAUCACGGGGGAGGGCGUGGUCUCAGGCGACACGGAGAGCAUCAGGAACCUGCUGGAGAUAUUUGAAGGUCUGUUCGAGUACCUGGCAGAGGAGAUCGAAAGUGAAUCUGAACAAGAAGAUGAGCUUGAGGGUGCACCCCAGGACCCGUAUGCCUUCUCCAGACAGGGCCAGUCCAUCAUCACAGAUGUACUGGAUGAAGAGUUGGGCACUUUUCAUAGGACAGAGAGACCUGUCCCCCCUGCCACAGUGUCUGCAGCCCCGGCACAGGACAGUCUGGAGGAGGGGUCCACAGAUGACCUGAUAGAGCUGGGAGACAGCAGAUAUGUACACAGGCACAGUCCACCUACUAAAGGUUCACCAGUCAAACCUACCUCAACAAGACUUGAUGACACGUACAGUAAACCAGCAGCAACUCAACCAGCCACAGUUCCCAGUGCAGUACCAGUCACAUCUGCCUAUGUUCCUCCACUGGCAACCACAAGUGUUACACCUUCUACCAUUCCCACACCAAUCCUCCCUGCUGUAACAACAAGGCCAGACGACACAUCAGACCUGAGGAGGAUCUCCACAGUUCCCCCCUCUAUAGCCAUCCCCAUCUCUGUCACAAGAACUCCUACUGCAGCCCACAGAGAUGUCAGUGAUAUCCACACUACUCUACCCAGCAGGAGAGUUCCCACUUAUUCUGAUGCAGUGGAGGCACCAGUUACAUCAGCUGCAACAAUACCAACUGACGAACCACAGCCUGUAGAUCCUUAUCUUCGUGUGUCUCAGGGUGUUGCUCAACCUCCUCUGGAAGAAGAUAGAUUUCCAGGACAGAGACUUCAGACCCAACCUAUCAGACCCCCCAGGGAUGCUGGAAGAGAUGAAGAGACAGCUCCAAAGAGAGUGCAUUUCAUGGGUGAUACAGGUAGGACUCCCACCAGGAAGAUAGCUGGGAUGGACAGAAGGAGUGAUGAGGAAGAGGAGGACAGAAGGAUGGGGGAGGAUGAAGAGGUGCUGGACCACCAGAGGAGGCUGAGGCAACUGGAAGAGUUCCUAGAGAGAUCACGUGAGGAGGUUCGGCGUCUGAUGGUGAGAGAGGAUGAGGAGUUGUCCCAGCACAGUGACAGUGCUGUAGACUAUGAGACAGAGGAGACCAGUCAGGAUACAGACACCAGCAGCGGUGUGGAGGGGGCGUACAGGAGGACGGACAUGUUACGGGCACAGAGGGACCCCCUGCGGGGUCUACGGGCUGAACAACGGAAAAGCCCACCAAGGAGAAGAUCUCCCUCUCCGGUUUCGUCGCCGGCCCGUAGGAGGGUGAGGUUCCAGGACAUUGAUGAUGCUCUGGACGGGGACGCCACGGGGAGGCUGGGUCCCAUCCGCAGGGGGCUGAGGGAGGAGAGCAGGGGACAGCACACUAAAACUAAGAUUCUGGACUCCAUCUACAGAGAUGAGUUUGAGAACAUUGCAACAAGUGAGCUACGAAAACAGGCAGAAAUCAGGAGGAAAUCCAAUCAAAAGGAUAAAAUCUACAGGAAAGCUACCCUGCAGUCUCCAAAGCAGACAAAAUACAGGCCUGGAACCAAAUACAGAGUGCCUGUCAGUGGAGGUUCUUCUCGACUAGCGGAUGACAGGAAUGAGAGAAGGAGGAAGAGAAGUCGGUCAGCCAGCCCUACAACCCCAGGCAGGGUAGAUAACACCAUGACGGUGAAAGACAACGACCUGCUGCCUGUACUCAUGGAGGAGUUCCCAUUCCUACACGUCUCCCCACACACCAUGGCUAACAUGUGGAGGAGACAGAUGAAACAGAUAGAACAGAUCACCAAGAUGUCUGAACCUGUCAGCAAGAGAACCAAGACUCAGAAACAGUUUGAGGAUGCCAAGAAGAGACAAGAGACCAUGCUGAAAAUUCUGGACAAGGAAAGACAGCACCAGCAAAGGAUGAAAGAUCUGCGUGAGAGGAGUAAGCAGCAGCGCCAGGUACAGCGUGCUGUCCAGCAGAAGAGACAGCAGUCAGCCAGGGCCAGGAGGUACUACGAUGAGUACCAGGUCAGGAUGAGGGCCAAGAUGCUGAAGAGGAAGACAAGAGAGGAACAGAUCUUUAAGAAGCUUUUUGAGGAAGGCCUGGGGAUCCAGAAGACACGGAUACGAGACCUGAGACAAUACGCUAAGGAGAAGAGGGACCACGUGGCUCAGAGACAGCAGGAUGAACUGGAGUCCAUGGAGAACUACUACCGUGACCAGUUCAGCAUGCUUGCUGAGACUCUGACCAGGGAGAGAUAUGAGCUGCAGAUACGUGACAAAGCCCAGGCAAAGGUUCUGGAGAAGAUGAGACGUGAACUCCGACAGAAGAUGGAAGAGGAGAUUAAGGGCCUGCAGGAGCAGCUGACUCGUGACGAGGACGACGCGUACUUCCGCCAGCUGGAGGCUGACAGGCUCCGUCGUCAGCUCAACUUUGCGAGAUAUCAGACUAGGCUGUGAAGUGUGAUAGGAUCUCUCUGCAGUAAACACUUGAUAGUGCUUUUGUUUAAGCAUUGGAAUUUUUUUAAUUUUGAGAUGAUGGCACUCAUUUUAUCUUUUUAGCAUCUGUGAAAUUAAAGUUGAAUUCCUAUUAAUAAUAAAACAGCAAAUGUUGUCUCAUCUAGGGGUCUAAGUUUAUUGUAGCAGCAUUUAUCCAGAGAUUUUAGUACCUGGUGUUUGGAAACAACUACAAAAUAUUACACAAAACAUUUGAUGUUUCUGCAUCUUUUAUUCCACAAUGUAUAUAGUUUCUGCCACCAUUUACAGCAAGCUAAAUAUCGUAUUGCCUUGUUAUGUCCUUGAAGAUCAACAUAGCCCUUUACUAUGCUUAAAUCUAGACCUUUACAAUUCUGAAGAAUAACUACAUUUUUUUGGUGUGUCUCUUUAAAAGAGUCAAAUGUUACAGAUGACUAGUUGAAGUUUUCCCACUAGGUAGGUUUAACUUAACACCAACUUCUGAGAAUGAACAAAAUGAAAUGUACAAAUGAAGAUAACCAGCCAUAUUACAUACAAGAAA